CCCCAGCCGUAGCUGUCAUCAAAACUCGAAGUGAUGAUGUGUAAUUCCUUGUUUGUUGGUUUCGUUUGCGACACAAAAUAGCAAAUAUUCAUUACAAAAGGAAUAUGUUUAGUUUGUGAUAGAUUAGGAUCACCUUUUGACGAUAGAACGACCUACCCAGAACCGAAGCGAAAAUGUCCGGAUUUCAUCCGGGCAGUGGCCAAGGUGAGCCUGCAGGGCAGGCUCACGAUUUGAGCAGCUUACAGGAGAGCUUCAGUCAGCAGCAGGCCAAAAUAACGGCCCUCCGUGAGCUGGUGCGCCAGACCGAAAGUGCUCACGGGAAGAAAACCGCUUCCGCACAGGAGAAAGUCAAAAACAUUGCCCAUCGUCUAACGCAGUACAAAACUAAGGCGGCCAAAUCCCGACUGAGUCGGGCGGGAAGCUAUGAAGCGCAGGAUUUGAUGACGACACGAAUCAACGAGGAAGGUGACACAAGUUUCGAUAGUUACAAUGUUAGUGGCGUUGAGUACGAGGAGCAGCAACAUAUGUCGCUUCCGCCGAUGUCAGUGACACGCGCUCGCUCGGAAACACCCGGCUCGGAGAAGAUAAAUCUGCUGCGCCAGCAGAUGGAGCAGAAUAGGCUGAAGAUGGCCGAACGCGAGAGUCACAAGCGGGAAAUGGAGGAGAAGGUGAUUGAGUUGAAACACAAAUUGGAAAGUACGCAGCAAACGCUGGAGAGGUCAGCGGAAUUUGGACGAUCGACCGGAGAUCUGACGCUGUUGGCUCCGAUGAAGAUGGGACGGUUCGAAUUUAAUAAAUCUACCUCAGACCUGACCCAACUUGCCACCGGCGUUGGUUAUAGCGCCUGUUCGAACUUUGAUCUCGAGAGGUUGAAGUAUUUGGAGGGACGCGUUAAGCAACUGGAGGGGGAGUUGGUCAAUAAGGAAAAUAUUCCAGUAAAAGAUGACGUGGUGAAAGGCUUGGAAGCAAAAAUUCUGGAUUUAGAGGAAGCAUUGAAGGAAAAGGAAAGUGUGAUCGAAGCUAGAACUCAGGCCGUCACGUUGAUGACAGAGAACCUGUCAAUGAAAGGAAAGAAUACAGUCGAUCUGUUAGAGGACACCAAGCAGGAAAUGUAUCGGAUGCAAACGAAUUUCGUUCAGGCGGAAUCUAACAUGAAAGCACAGCAAGAUCAAUUACAAAUAGAGCUAGAUGACAAAAGCAGCAAAAUAUCCAAUCUGGAAGAGAUGAACAACAUCCUGGAGACAGCUCGCUACGAUUUGACCGUGGAGAAUGCUGCUCUCAAGCAGAAGCUUGAAGACGUGCAAGACUUCAGUACUAAAAUCAGUGAGCUCAACAAGUUGAACCAGAGUCUGCAGCAUCGCAUCACUGAACUCGAGGGACAAAAGUAUGACUUCAUUACGGAUGCCGAGGCCGAACAGGCAAAGUUUGGGGAGAACGAUGAACGAUAUCGUGAACUGCUGGACAGAAUUCAUGAGUUGGAAGAGGAGCUCACUAAGAAAACCGUUCCCAAAGAUGAUCUCCUGGAGAAGAUUCGUUCUCUGAACGCCACUGUGGAAGCGCAGAAUGAGCAGAUCGAAUCAUACAAGCAACAGAUUGUCGAAUUUCAGGAAAAUCUCCAGGAGAAGACUGUCGAGUUGAGCGUUUUGAAUGCAAACUUUUCAGUUCUUCAGGAGAAGCUUAAAAACGCCGGUCCCAAGCCUCUGUUCCCAAGAUCGGCCGAAGAAGAAACCGAGGGGGAAACCACCAAGCUGAAGCAACAGCUGGACGAGGCCAACAAGAGUAUGAUCAAGUCUAAGGUUAAGAUCAAGCAACUCCAGAAACAGGUUGAUUCGUUCAAGAAGACAUCCGCUGUGCACGAAGAAGUCGUCCGGCUGACGGAGGAAGUUCAAACGCUAACCCAACGGCUGGCGGAAGCCGAAGAGGAAAAAGGAAAUCUUCAACUCCAUCUGGUGCAUUACGAUGGAUCGCUACCCCAAUCGGAGCUGGAAAAACGUAUCAAAAUUCUCGAGACAACAUGUCAGAACCAAACCACGGCCAUUCAGUUACUGGAAGAGCAAAAGUCGGACAUCAAUGAAGACUUGAACAGCACCAAGCACGAGUUGGAAGCGAUGCGGGAUCAGGUGAAGGAGUUGAACCAGAGCGAACACUCGGGCCGUAUAUCGUGCCAGAUGUCGUCGAUUGAGUUUGAGGAAAAGUGGGAGAAAUGCGUUACUGAGAGGGAGGAGUUGUCGGCUCAGCUGAAGAAAUUGACGGAGGAAAAGGUUGAGCUGCAGCAGAAGUUGGACCGUUAUAUGGUGGAAAAUAUCGAACUAUUGGAUAAGAUUGAAAAGUUGAGCUUGGAGAAAGUCAGCUCGGCCGAGUCAAUCGAAAUCGUGGAGGGGCUGACCCAGAAAGAGAAGCAGGAGAUCGAGAGUUUUGAGCAGAAGCAGGCGGAACGAAGAGACGAAGGAGUGGAUGAAGUGGACAGAGACCUCCAAAAGGAUGACGGGAACCGAUCCGGGCCGGAACCCACCGAGCCGAGCGAGGAAGACUUAAGUGCCAGCCUGGUGAAGCUGCGCCAGGAGAGCAGCGAAUUGAUGCACAAGAUCGAGCUGUUCACGGACGAGCGCCGUGAAGUGCUGGCGAAGUGGGAGGCUCUCAAGAUCGAAAAUCAAACCCACAUCGGGCAACUCGGCCAGCUACGGGACGAGCAUCAAGCGCUGCUAGAGAAACACGCCGCCCUCGAGGGAGCGAAGAGCGAGCUGGAAGAGUGUCUGGGGCGUGCGGAAGGGGAGAAGCAGCAGCUGGCGCGGGAACUGGAAGCGGCGAAGGUUCUCAGUCAAAGUCUGGAAGUGGAAGGGGCACCAAAAUCGAGCCCGGCUUCGCCGACGAAAACUGUGGCGACCGCGAUCGAUAAGGAUACGUUCGAGCAAGCGUUGCGAUCGGUUGAUAACGAGGUAACUAACUAUAACAAGAACAAGGAUAAGCACAAGAAGUUGCAGAUUUCGAAGAAGCUGUCUUCGGACGCGAAGAAUCUGCAAACGUUGUCGCUCGGUUUGCUGGAGGAAUACUACCGGAAUGUCGAAGAGUGUGGGACAAUGAAAGGGGAGAUGGAACGAUUGAAACAGAAGGUUCACAGCUUGUCCGUGGGAGAUGGGGUUACUGAGGUAGGAAGGGAGGUGAGCAUUCUGAAGGCGCAAAUUAUGGAACUGACGCAUGCUCAGAUCGAUAAGGUUGAGCAGAUCGAAGAACUGCGGGAGGAGUUGGAGAGGAGGAAUGAGAGUUUGGCUGAGCUGAAGCGGGAAAUGGAAGCCGCUAGGGAGGCGGAGAAAUCAUCCGACGAUGAACCCGAGCUGUUGAAGGUGGAACUGAACAGUCGGAACGACGAAAUUCGUGAGUUGAAGAAGGAGCUCGAAACGUUGGCGGACAGAAAGACAGCGGAAAUUGAAGAGAUCCAAAGCCGUCUUUCGACGACUGGCAAAGAAAUCCAGAUACUGAAGGAGCUGGUGGCGGAGCAAAAGCAACAGCUGAUCGACACGUAUCAGGAGCACGAGAACGAGAUUGCUGCCAAGUUGAAGGAGAUUCAGAACUACGAGAAUGAGGUCUGCAAGCUGAAGGAUGAGAUCGAAAUGCUUAACAAGCGAGCGACAGAAGAUGUUGAACGGCAUUCCCGGGAUAUGACGGAGCAGCUGGAGCAAUUGAAAUCGAUUGUGGAGGAGCAGAAGGAUGUACUCGGUAACAAGCAGGAAACUAUUGAAACGUUGAACAGUCAGUUGAUUGAAGUAUACCGGACAAUGGAAGAGAACGCUAACAAAACCGUCGAGAAGGAGGACGAAGUGCAGUAUCUCCAGGAGCUGCUUGAGGCGAAGAAGGAUGAAAUUCAAAAGUUGCACGAGCAGUUGGCGGAAAAUAGUAGGAUCAACGUUCGACUGGAGAAACAGCUGAAGGAAGCUUUGGCGAAGCCAAAAGCGCCGUCCGUGGAUGAAGAAAAACACAAACAGUUGGAGGAAAAGAACCGCGAGCUUGACUCGAAGAACAAGGAGCUGUUGGAAAAGUUGAAAAAGUUCGCAGCUAAUCUGAAGAAAAAGAACGCCCAAUGCCAAGAGCUGGAAGGCAAGCUGGCGGAGAGUGUGCAAAAAAUGGGGGAACUCAAAAAGUCUUCCAGUUCUGAAGAGGAGCUGCGAGAGGAAAAUGCUGAGUUGGGUCAAAAGAUGCACCACUUGAACAACGAACUUCACAAGCUGCUCCAGCUGAAGUAUACGCUUGAAUCCGGGAGGCAAGUGGCGCAGCAUGAUGCUGCGGAGCUCCAGGAGCGGAUCAAGUCGUUGGAGGGGGAAGCUCAAGAUUCGCUGAUGAAGUUGGAGGAGAUGGAACAGCAGCUCGCCGAGCGCGUGAAGGAACAGGAAACCAUCCAGGCGGACCUGGACUCGAAGAAUGUGAAGAUCGAAAAGUGUAAGGCAAUUAUAAAGGAGAAGAAUAAGGAGAUUCAGAGACUGCAGGAGAGUGAACGUAAGACCACUUCUCUGGAGAACGAGCUGAAGAUGUCCCAGUGUAAGCUGGAAGACUUCCACAAUCAGACGCUUUUGCUGGGCAAACUUAAGGCCGACAAGGAGGAGAUUAAUGCCGCACUGAGGGCUGAGUCCGAGCGGAACAAGGCGCUGGAACAGCAAAAUUCCAGAGCAGCUGAGAAAGUGCGAAAACUGGAAGUGGAUCUGGAAAUUGCCGAUGAAGAAAAUAAAAAGCUGAAGCAGCAAAUUGUAAAACUGGAGGAGGGAAUAUCUCUGGUGGAGGAGAGGAGGAAUUCGCUGGAACGGCAGAAGAAAUUGUUGGGACAAAAAUUGGAGGAAACUUCCCACGAAUUCAGCAUGCACGAAGAUGAGCUUAUGCAGCGGCUGGCGAACCUUUCGCAACACGAUGAAGCGGUUGAACACAAGCUGAUGGAGAAAGAAGACGAACUGAGCGAGCUUGGUAAUCGUCUGAGGGAUGUCGAGCAUCACAGGGAUCAGCUUCAGUCGAAGAUCGAUCAACUGGAAACGCAGCUAAGCGCGCUUGAAGACAGCGCCAAACGGGCGACAGAGUGGGAGCAUGAAAACUACAGCCUAAACCAGACAGUGUCCAGCCUCCAAGUCGAAGUCAAGCGGAUACUGGCCGAAACCAGCGAAAAACUUGCCGAAAAGGACACGGAAAUCGAUCAGUUGGAGCUGGAGCUCACCAAUCAACUGGAGAAGAUCGAAAACGAACGCAAGCAACUGCAGGAGGAUUUGGAACGCACGCGGGACGUCAAUGCGGAGCUGCGGGACGAGAUCGUCCGACUUCAGGAGAACGGAAACUCUUUGGACCAGUCGAAGUCCGAUCUGGAGAAAGAAGUGACGUGGUUGAAGAUGCAAAAUGAAAGCCUCGGCCAAGAUGCUGUCGACCUGCAAGAACUUCGAAUGCAGAUCGUGCAGGAUCAAACAGAGCUGGAAAAUCUACGUCAACAGUGUGAGACGCUCGUUCAGAACCAUCAGUGCGAGGUGAAUGCGUUGCGGCAGCAGAUUGCCGACAUGGAAGCGAUCCGAACGCAACUGAGUCAGAACCAAACCGAUGACCAGGUCAUUGUGCAGAAUGAAAUGAUCAAACUGAAGGAUCUUCUGACACAGAGGGAGUCCGAGUUGGCGUCGCUACAGCUGCAAGUGUCCACCGCCGAACCUGUCGGAUUGAGCGAUCCUUUCGCUAACCUUCUUGAGGCGCCAUCGACACAUCUUCUCGAGGAGAAAAUCCAGGAACUGGAAAAUGAUGCCACCCUGAAGGACUCCCGAAUACAAGAGCUGCAGAUUGAGAAGGAUUUGGCGGAGGGAAGCCUCGAGGAGCUGAGGAAGCAGCUUCAUCUGCUUCAGAAACGAAUUGAAAACACCGAGGCUCAGGAAGCUGCCCUCACCCAAAAGGGCUCCGAGCUGGAAGCGAUGAGCCGACAGUUAUUCCAAACAGUUCCUCCCCAGAAACAGGAACCAGCGAUUGUGAGCACAGCUCAACUCUUCAGUGCCCCGGAGGGAGACUCGGCUGCAUCACUGUUCGAUUCGGUUGCCGGAAACUGGGGUUGGGAUGAGCCAAUCGUCGUCCAGCAGCAAACAAAGCAAAAGGUUGCGGCGGCGCUCCCCCCUCUGAACAUCGAAGUUCAAGAUCUUCGCGCGGAAAUGGAGUCACUUCGUUCACAGAACGAAAGUGCCACCAGGGAAAUUCAGAGCUUACAAUCCAAUCUGGCCAGCCUCGUCAAUCUCGAUGACGAGUUCCAACAACUAAAGGAUGAAAUCGACAUUGUCCGUGCCCAGAAUGCGUCCCUCAAGUUCGAAGUGGAUGAGAAGACGCUGAAAAUGAAGCUGCUUUCGCAGACUCUACUAGAGGAACAACGAAAGGUGUGUCAAUUAGAAGAACAAAUUCAAAGCCAGGAAGUCCCAGUGGUGCCUUCAGUGGCCUCCUUCUUCACUGCAGCUACCGACGAUAACGCUAUGCCGACGUUCGAAGAGUUCAUAGUUCCUAAAAAGGCAUAUCUUUGCACGCCGAGCCUAUCGGAGGACGUGGAAGAGAAGCCAGUCGAAGAAGCUGUCAUCGCAUCUGUCUCCGCGUCUUCCCAGUAUGCCGUUCCUUCGAAAGAAGUCUUGGAUGACGAACAACACCUUCGACUUAUCGAGGAUCAAGCCAUGAAGCUGGCGGAGCUGACCGAUCAGUACAAGCACCAAUUGAAACACAACGAUCAACAUGCGGCUAAGGUUAACCAACUCGAGCAGGCUCUGAACGACCUGCGCCAACAUAACAACCUGUUGGAAGCUCAGCUCAAGGCAGCACUCGAGCAGCAAAAGGAGCUGGAGUGUCACAAAGCUGCGCUUGAGGCAACGCGAUUGCAACAAACGGAACAGGAUCAAACCUUGAUCGGUCAGCUCCAGCAGGAGCUGAACCAGUUGCGGAAGCAACAUGCCCAACUGGAGGCUCAGUUGAGCAGCACCCAUGAACAGCAGCGAGUCGUAGCCAACCGCGACUUCCAACUACAAACCCAACUAGAACAGCAGCAAGCCGACCACCGAAGACUACACGCAGAAAUCGACGACAAGCGGAAGCAGCUCCAAACCCUAAGCCUCGAACAUCAGCAGCAACAGAGUGCACUCAAACAAGAGCUAGACCAACUCCGCCAGCGUAACGCAUCUCUAGAGCAAGACCGCGAUACCCUACUACAGCUUCAGGAUGAAUUGGAUAUCCUGAGAGCCCAAAAUGCUUCCCUCCUCCAAGAGCAGAAGCAACAAUCCGAUAAAAUGAGCCGAAUCCGUCACACUCUGACAGACGCCGAGGCACGAGUCGUCCUGCUCGAGGAGCAGCUGGCGGCCGCCAAGGAGCAACCCCUGACGGCGGCUAGCUUCUUCGGUACCGCAUCGGAGUCAUCCUCCGCUAGUCCGGGCGAGGUCGUCUUCGAGGAAAUCAUCCAACCGAAGAGGGCCUUCGAGGUACAGCUUGCGGACGAGGGCGAAGAUGACUGUUGGGUUGCGGAAGAAGCAAUGCUGGAGGCGCAACACCAGCAGACCUCCAGUGUGGCUCUGGAGCGUCGUAUUAGCCAGAAGGACGACUACAUUCGACAGCUGGAGCUUGAGAAGGAACGGCUGCAGCAGGAGAUCACCGAUCUGAAGGUUAAAUCUGGCAAACUCCUGAAAAAGGUGAAAGAGUACAAGGCGAAGAGUGAAACGCUGCAGCGGCAGUCGGCUUCAAUGGAAACUAGCGAGCUGGAUCUGGCUAUCCAGGAAGAGCUAAACGUGCAGCUCAAAUCGUUGGAGAGCAAGUUGAGCGAAGUGCAGACCGAGCGCGAUUCCCUGCUGAAGCGUGUUGAUGUUCUGGAGGCAGCCAACGAACGUUUCACGGAGAUGAAAGAACGCCAAGACGCGCAAAUGGAGCUUCAGCUGGCGAAGAUCAAGGAGCUCAACGCUGAACUGCAGCAGCUGAAAGAGUGGGACGAUGACAGUUUCAAAUCGGAGAAAAAGCAAGCCACCGAAACUCCCCAAAAACAUGCUGAAGGGGACACAGCCAACUGGCAGGGUCGAGCCCAAGAAUUGGAGAGAGACAUCCAAGACCUCCGCGUUGACAACGAAGAGCUGCAAGCUCUGCUCGAUGAGGAAAAAGCGAACGUGGAAAUCUUGGAGAAGCGGGUCAAGCAAAAGGACGGCGAGAUCCGAGAGUUGAUCGACAAAAUCGACGGACUCUCGCAGGACUCCCGAUCGAUCAAAACCAGCCUCGAGAGUUUGAAUCAGCAAAAAUCCCAGGAAACCGUUGAUCUGAAUCAAAAGCUUAAGGAGCUUAUGAACAGGAACACCGAACUCACCCAGCAAAUCGAGAAGAUGCGUAGGGAGAGCUUCUUCCAGUCGUCGGAGCAGGAAGUCAAACUGCAGGAACAGUUGCAGCUGUUGAGCGCCCAGCUGCAGUAUAAAGAGGCGGAAAUCAUUCACCUGAACGAACGCAUUGAGCAGCAAGCUGCGGAGGAUCAGACCCAGUCGCUUGUUCAGGAGAUCCUGAAGAAGAACCAAGAAAUACAAACGCUCAAGGUGCGCCUCCAGCAGUUGGAAGCCGAUCGGAAGGAACAGGAGAACAAUUUGACGUUACAGAUAACGAAGGAAUUGGCCGCCAGUCGAUCCGACGAAUCCCAAAACCCGAAUGUGGCCGAGCUGGAGCGCGCAAACAGGGAGCUCCAGGAGGAGAAGCGUCAAAUGGAGCAGGAACUUCAGGUCCUAAAUGAUCAGGUGCUUCGAAGUUUGGAGUUUGAGGACCGCAUGAAGGGAACCGUCCUCGAGCUGGACACGAAGAACAUCGAAAUUGAAGCGCUAAAAGCAUCGCUAGAGCUGAUGAAACAAAGCUCGCGUAGCGACUCUGGUUCGAGGAGGGUGGAAGACGAAAACGAUCUGAGGGAACAGAUUGAGAACCUUAUCCAGGAGCGAACCAAUCUGGAGGCAAAUUACCGCAUAACUCUCGAUCAACGUGACGCCCAUUGGGCGCAGGUGGUGGAAGAGCGUGGCGCCCAGGUUGCGGAGAACUGGAAACAGCACGUAGAUUCGCAAGAGGCUGAGUUUUCCGCCAUCGAGAAAAGCUUGCGCGAGGAAAUUGAUCGACUAAACAGCAAAACCACGCCAAACAUCGAUGCGCCCAUCGAUUCUAGCACGGUUCAAAAAAUGAAGGAAGCUCUCGAGAGUCAGGAGCUGGAAAUUGUAACACUUAAGGAGCAACUUGCGAUCCGCAGCGCUGAGUAUGCCCGUUUGGCAGCACAAAUGGAUCCAUUUGCGGUGAAACACGCCAUCAACUUGUUCGCGAACAAGCCUCAGCAAUCGGCUGACGGCGAUAAGGUUCCACGGGCCGAACAUGAGAAAGCGUUGUACACGAUCUACCAGCGUGAUAUGCGCUGCGAGGAACUCUUGCUAGAGGUACGCAACUUGCUGAGGGAACGAGACUCUUUACAGCUGAGACUUUCGGACGUAAUCAGACAGUUCGAGGACUUCAAGCAAAACACAUCCGCUGUAACCAGAGACGCAUCCGGUGACACGAGUGACGCUUCGAAGAUCACCACCCCAGAAAAGUCGUUACAGCAGAUCUUGCAGGAAUCGGGCAUUGGCGGAGCGGCUCCCGGCAGUGGUGCAUCGGAUGCAUCCCAGCUGGCAAUUAAACUAUCCGAACUGCAUACCGUCGGUCACACGCAGGAUAAACGAAGAAUAAUCAUGCAGGAGGAACACGACGAGCCGCAUCGACAGUUGCCGUUGAUUCAGGGCGAUCCCGCCAUCAUACCACUGGGAGCUGACCCUUCCAGCGUGAAUAUUUCUCAUUCCGAUUCAUCACAGCAUCAGCACCAGCAGCAAAGUGCUUCAUCGGCGUUAUUCAACUGGAUUUUGGGUAAAAAAUCCGACUCAUAGACGUGUCCCGUAAUCGUGUACUUUCUUUCUACAUUCAAACCAAAAGAAUACGUGUUUCGGUGUUAUAACAUAGGAACUUGCAUCGCCAGUAAAGAGCUGGUGGGAGUAGUGUGGGCGAGAUCACAACUAUCUGUGUUUCGUUGCUAUGUCCUAAUUAUACUUUCCGUACUUCCCAACUCCGGUAAAUACCUCACUGGUGCAUCAUGUUGACUAGCAUUUUAGUUAAUGACUUUCAAAAAACUACAUCGAACUAAUCCUCCUCAUCCCGGAAAAGCAAUCGAAAAAAUGUUGAUUCGAACUGAACCGACCGAACGACGACCCGUUAAACCGCGCACGAAAAAAAGAAUCGAAGAAUCAGUGAAUUAUUUUCCCCCGCGUUGGGGAAAAUUUAGCACUGACUAAGGAGAGAUGAAUUGUGAGAUCUCCUUUGCACCCCCUUUCUGGUUGGCGUAGACUCGCCCCGAUCCUCGCUCGUUUUUCGUUAACUUGUAACUGCACCAAGAAAAAAAACAUCGAUCUUAAUUGGACCCCUGCAGAAGAAUUAGAAGAAGAUCGGUCGUGGCUGAGUUUUGGAAGGAAUUAAAUUUUCGAUGUGUUAAUAAAAAAACUGUAUUGAUAAAAUUUUAUACUGUAUUCCUAGACAAAUUAUCCAGAGUCAUUUUAGGUAGUAAAAAAAAACAUUAAAAAUUAUCACGUGGAACAGAACCCAAGCACUGCAAGUUUUGUGUCCUUGUAAAUUUUAUUUUUUUUGUAAAUCUGUAAUUUUUUGUUUCGUAGUUGCCUCCGUUUGUAAAUAUCCGAUGCCUUUUAUUUACGUGAUUUGUUUUGUGAAGUGCAUUGCAAAAAGAUGGGUUUAAAUAAAUGUAUGUCAAU